UAUUGUCACGGAGACUCAGACAAACAAAGCGAAAAAGAUGGCGACCGCCAAGCCUUAUCGUGCGGCAAGUUUGUCUGAUCUGCCAAACAAUUUCCAGUUGGGGUAUCUUAAUUUUGAAAUUUCUUUGAAAUGCAAGCAGACUGGUUUCAAAUAUUUCAGCGAGGGAUACAUUCAUAAUGUGAAAAUGUUGAAACAAGUCGUUGAGCAGACAGUAAACAUCUCCGCAAAAUGUCAUAGAAGUCAACGAAAGAACGAGAUCCCACACAGUGUUGAGAUCGAUGUUAAUGGAGGACAGAUAGAACUUUCCAACUGUUCAUGCACUGCAGGUCUGAGUGGAUGCUGUUCCCAUAUUGUGGGCUUAAUACAAGGAUUAGUUCAAUGGCGAAUGAUGGGUCUUACAGAGCCACCUGCAGAAUUAUGCUGCACUAGUUUACCACAGCAAUGGGGAAAGCCACGUGGGAAAGAGAUUAAAGCUGUUCCUGCUCCAAGCAUGAUUAUUGUCAAACCAAAGAUGGACAGAAAAAGAAAGCCAUUGAAAAAUUCAUUGAUUGACAAUAGGAAGAUCCAAGUAAAAGAAUCAGACAUUUCAUAUCUGAACAGCUUAAAAGGUUAUCCCAUCAGCUAUCUAGCACACAACACACCAGUCAUGCAGGACACAAGUUAUGGACCCUUUCCACUUGGAAGUGCAUUAAGUACUCAAGCAGACUUUUAUUCACAGAGAGAGAUAGUUCCAGUGGAAACUGUUUGUGGAGAUUUAGUUUUUCCGAAAGAAAAUGGUCAAUCUGUUUUAUCAGAAAAAUACAACACUUUGAUAGACACCAUUUCAAAUGAUGAAGUAAACAUUAUAGAAGAACAGACCAGAGAACAAGCUCAAUGUGAAAAGUGGUUUAAGGAAAGAGAAAAGAGAAUAACAGCAUCAAACUUUCAUAGAAUUGUCAAAAGAAAAGCUGCAAUUAAUGACAAGUUCAUUCUUUCCAUAAUGAAGCCAAAGCCUUUCACUAGUAAAGCAACAUCAUAUGGAAGAAACAAUGAAAUAAAAGCUAGAAACUCAUAUGUUCAAACUUCUGGCCAUCAUGUUCAUGAUUGUGGGUUUGUAGUUAACCCGAGGUACCCUUUUAUUGGUGCUACUCCAGAUGCCAAAAUAUGUGACAAUUGUGUAACUGGAAUUAUGGAAAUUAAAUGUCCAUUUAGCCAAAGAGAUAACCUAAUCACUGACGCAAUGCAGGGUGCAGACUUUUGUUUAGAGUUGUCUGAAAAUGGACCGAAAUUAAAAAUCAGUCAUGAUUAUUUUAUUCAGGUACAAGGUCAAUUACUUGUAACAGGUUCUCAGUUUUGUGAUUUUGUAGUCUAUACAAAGAAGGACAUCCAUAUUGAAAGAAUUUAUCCAGACAAAGCUGUAAUGCAAAACAUUCUUAAUAAGCUUGCAGACUUUUAUUUUGAUCAUGUACAUUUAUAAUUUUAUUCAGUGUGUAAGAAGUUUCUUGCAGGUUAAUUCAUUUCAUGUUUGACAAAAAAAAAUCAUUUAUAAGAAUACUAGUUGUGUCAUUGGCAUUCA